AUGUACUUCUCCGUCCUCAUCAAAGCCCUCGUGGCAACCGCUUUCUUGCUCCACACUUCUUUCGCUGCAGCGGUUCCCACAGCAGAGCUCAUCGAGACCCGUGCUUCAUCUUCUUGCUCCAAUAAUCCUGCAAACCGAGCCUGCUGGGCGAGUGGCUUCAACAUAGCAAAUGACUUCGACAAGACAUUCCCAUCGACCGGAAACACCGUCUACUACAACCUCGAGCUGACGAACGGGACCUGCAAUCCAGACGGCCAUGGACCGAGACAGUGUCUGUUAUUUAACGGACAGUAUCCUGGGCCGGUCAUUCGAGCAACUUGGGGAGAUCAGCUUCUCAUUACCGUCAAGAACUCGUUGCAAGACAACGGUACGACGGUCCACUGGCACGGUGUUCGUCAAUAUCAUUCCACCGGCAUGGACGGAGUCAACGGUGUGACUGAAUGCCCACUUGCUCCAGGGACCUCGAGAACAUACAGCUUUCAGGUGACCCAGCACGGCACCUCCUGGUAUCAUGCUCAUUUCUCCGCGCAGUAUGGCGACGGCGUAGUCGGCACGAUGAUCUUCGACGGACCUGCCACAUCCAACUACGACGUUGAUCUCGGAACCUAUCCUUUGUCAGACUGGUUCUACAUGACGGCGUAUCAGAUCAACGCCAUCACGAGCCAGAAUCUGCAGAAGCUUCAAGGACCGCCUUCUGCCGACAACUUGCUGAUCAACGGGACCAACGUAAACGCCAACGGCGGAGGCAGCUAUAGCCGUACGGUCGUUCAAUCCGGCAAGGCGUAUCGUCUCCGACUGAUCAACAUCGCUGUCGACAAUUACAUUCAGGUGUCUCUGGAUGGCCACCCAUUCUCGGUUAUCUCGACAGACUUCGUGCCCAUCAAACCUUUCACUGCCAACUGGCUGCUGCUGGGGAUCGGCCAGCGGUACGAUGUAAUCAUUACGGCUAAUCAGACUGCUGACAAUUAUUGGUUCCGUGCAAACGUCGCGCGAGCAUGUCUGAGCGACAAGAAAGGGUUCGGACGCGCGGUAUGGAGUUACUCGACCGUCACUUCGGCUACUCCGUCGAGUAGUCCUCUCCCUGGCGAGCCCCAGAGCUGUAUUGAGCCAGGGCCCUUGACUCCUUUCUGGUACCAACCCGUUCCGUCCGGUUCUUUCCAGUCGUCCGUCAACUCCUUCGGCAAUACCAGCUACCCUGACAGCAUGGCCGUUCUGCCGACUGCUCCUCAAGGGCAGUGGAAUUAUUGGCUGAUCCAGCAGCCAUCCAAUUUUCCCCUUAUCGCCCAUCCUAUCCAUUUGCAUGGCCAUGACUUCUACGUCCUUGGCCAAGGAACUUCACAAUACAGCAGCUCUUCCGCCAGCCUGAACUUCGACACUCCUCCUCGUCGUGACACUGCAACGUUACACGGCGGCGGUUGGCUAGCACUGGCUUUUCUUUCGGACAACCCAGGAGCCUGGAUGAUGCAUUGCCACAUCGCCUGGCACGUGUCAUCAGGUCUUGGUGCUCAAUUUGUCGAGGCUCCGAAUCAGAUCGUUCUGCCGGAUAGGUUCGCGUUCGAUCAGGAGUGUAGGAACUGGAAGAAUUACGCGACGCACGCGUAUUAUCAAAAGGAGGAUUCGGGGUUGUAG